AUGUCACUGAUGGUGAGCGGGGUGCUGCUGUGCUCUUUGCAGACCUGCUGUGUCUGUGGAAAGAUGGGGGCCACCGUUGCAUGCCAGCAGAAGCGAUGCGCCCGCAAGUUCCACUUCCCCUGCGGGUCCAGACAGGGCUGCGUCUCGCAGUUCUUUGGGGAGUUCAGGUCAUUGUGCUGGGAGCAUCGCCCACAGCAGACAGUGGAGACGCACCAAGACGGGGACACCGUGUGCAUCAUCUGCAUGGAGCCCGUGGAGGACAGGACCUCCUACAGCACCAUGGUGUGUCCCUUCUGCAAGCACGCCUGGUUCCACCGAGGCUGCAUCCAGGGACAUGCUCUCCGUUCUGCUUUGAAGCACUUUGCGUGUCCCUUGUGCAAGGACCGUGAGAAGUUUCUGCCUGAGAUGUGGCGCCUGGGUAUCCGCAUACCUGACAGAAGACCGGCUUGGGAGGAGGAGGAGGAGCAGAACUUGGAAGACCUAUAUGAAACAUACAGCCACUGUGAUGCCAGCCAGUGCCUUUACCGGGGAGGCAGGGAGCAGUCAGAAGAGGAGGGGUAA